GGACCGGACGCUUCUUCAGGAACAACAACGCGGAUACUCUUUCAACCACCUCGGUAGCUUGCUAGCCAACAUAAAACUGAAAGGUUUACGUUUUAGACCAUGUUUGUGUACAUUAGCUAAUCCCAGUGUUUUAAACAAAUUUCGGUUGACGUAUCAACUGCUUAACUUUAACCUAAUUUGCUUGUUCAAUUUGCAAACUUGUUAAAGAUUGAUACUGAGCCUAGCACUAGGCUAGUCGCUAAUGCUAGCUAGCUAACAUCCCUGACCAUGAGCACACCAAACUACUCUUCCCUUGCUAAUGAAGAGGGGGUCUGCUGUAUGGAGAAAGAAUCUUUCAGAAUGAAAAAGGAGGAAGAGGAGGCUGUUAUAGUGAAAGAAGAGGAAGAACCUUUUAGAGAGGAAGAGGAUGCUAUCUCAGUAAAGGUCAACGCUAGCCCUUCCUCCCUCCCGGAGUCCCCGUGUCAUGCCUCUCCCGGUAGCGCCGUACUGCUGGGUAUGAAGAGGUUGUCUGUGCUGCUGGUAGACUGCAGGAAAACAACGGGGCUGAGUGGAACUGUGAGAGGAGGAGAAGAGAAGAAAGGAUCAGAUUUGACACAUCAAAGAGAAAGACCAGACUCAGAGGAACCAGAGCCAGGGACGUCCAAACCAGCAAGAAGACACCAGUGCUCCCACUGUGGAAAGGGUUGUAACCACUUAUGGGAGCUGAAGCAACACGAGAGAAUACACACAGGGGAGAAGCCUUACCACUGCUCCCAGUGUGGAAGGAGUUUUAGCCAGAAAGGAUACCUAAACCAACACGAGAGAAUACACACAGGGGAGAAGCCUUACCACUGCUCCCAGUGUGGAAAGAGUUUUAACCUGUUAGGGUACCUGAAACGACAUGAGAGAUUACACACAGGGGAGAAGCCUUACCACUGUUCCCAGUGUGGAAAGGGUAUUAACCUCUUAUGGGAGCUGAAACAACACGAGAGAAUACACACAGGGGAGAAGCCUUACUAUUGCUCCCAUUGUGGCAAGAGUUUUAACCUCUUAUGGGAGCUGAAACAACACGAGAGAAUACACACAGGGGAGAAGCCUUACCACUGCUCCCAGUGCGGCAAGAGUUUUAACCAGAAAAGACACCUGAACCUGAGAGAAUACACACAGAAGAGAGAAUAAUUACUUCUCCUACUGUGUAAAUUGAUAUUUCACAUCACAUUGACUUAAAAUUCAUCAGAGAACAUACACAGUGCUCCCAUUGUCUUAUAUUGUUGACUGAUAAUGUGUUUACUUGUUUAUACCAUAUGAAAUUGAAUUGUACACAGUAUACUCAAACAUAUAUUUGUUUGUUUUUAUUAGAAAACAAAUUGUAUAUGGAGUCUGUCAGUUUGAAUAUAAAGUAGAUCAGAUUCCAUGUGUUUAAAUGGUCCUUUUUUAAACUCUGACUAUGUGUGUUUAUCUGGGUGUGUCAUUCCUCCAGCACUACAGAUAAUCGAGUGAUAUUUGGAUGUGAUUCUUUUGCUCCAUUGUUGAUAUUUGCAUUGUUGGCCCACUGAUGAUUUAAUGACAUUAAAAUGUUCAGACUGUAAUGGAAAAUGGUAAUUGUAUAUGUCCACAUAACUGAGUAUGUGACUAACCUUGUGAAACUGUCUUAUUAUAAUCUCCUGUUCCUGGGAGUAUCAUCCUGUGUUGCAAACCAGCUGUACCUGCAUCCUUGUAUGAAUAAAGUCCCUCCCAGGAACAGGAAACUAUAAAGAUAUGUGCUCAUCAACCAAUGCUUCAGGAAUUCAGACUGUCUACACUUCGCUGUGUAACUGUUGUAUAAGAGGUUAAACAAAGAUUCUGGUGUGACUCUGAUGUGGAAGAUGUUAUAAAUAUUUGUUGGUUUGAUUUGAUUAAUGAGGAGCAUCCAGACACUGCACUUGAUGAAUUUAUGAAAUUGCUUCUUCCAAUUAUUGAUAAACAUGUACCUGUUAAGAAACUGACUGUUAGAACUGUUAAGGCUCCGUGGAUUGAUGAGGAGUUUAAAAACUGUAUGUUUGAAAGAGUUGGGGCAAAAGGAGUGGCUAAUAAGUCUGGCUGCACAUCUGGCUGGCUUACGUACUGCAAAUGGAGAAAUGAUGUGACCAAACUCAACAAAAAUAAUAAACUUUAUUAUGAAUCCAAGAUCAAUGAUAUAAAGAAUGAUGUAAACAAACUUGUAAAAAAAACAUAAUGAAAGAAAAGCAUUGCAAGUAUUGACUGUUGUAAAGUUAUUGUGGGAGAGGUGGAAAAAUUGUUAUCGAUCAAUAAUGACAAACCUCCUGGCAUUGACAACUUAGAUGGGAAGCUACUGAGGAUGGUAGCUGACUCUAUAGCCACUCCUAUCUGUCAUAUUUUUAAUCUGAGCCUAGAGGAAAGUCGUUGUCCUCAAGCCUGGAGGGAAGCCAAAGUAAUUACGCUACCCAAGAGUGGUAAAGCGGCCUUUACUGGUUCUAACAGCAGACCUAUAAUCUUGCUGCCAGCUCUAAGCAAACUGUUGGAAAAAAUCGUGUUUGACCAAAUACAAUGCUAUUUGUCUGUAGAAAAAUUGACAACAGAUUUUCAGCAUGCUCAUCGUGAAGGGCACUUAACAUGUACGCACUGACACAAAUGACUGAUGAUUGUGCAGAUUUCAGUGCAGCCUUUGAUAUUAUUGACCAUAACCUGUUGUUUAAGAAUGUCUGUGCUAUGGCUUUUCAACCUCUGCCAUAUCGUGGAUUCAGGGCUAUCUACCUAAUUGAAUUCAACAGGUUUUUAAUGGAAGCUUCUCUAAUGUCAAACAUGUAAAGUGUGAUGUACUUCUUUUUUUUACCAAUGACCUGCCACUGGCAUUAUACAAAGCAUGUGUGUCCAUGUAUGCUGAUGAUUCACCCAUAUACACAUCAGGAACCACAGCUAAAGAAGUCACUGAAACCCUUAACAAAGAGUUGCAGUCUUUUUUGGAAUGGGUGGCCAGUAAUAAACUGGUCCUGAACAUCUCUAAAACUAAGAGCAUUGUAUUUGGUACAAAUCAUUCCUUAAGUUCUAGACCUCAGCUGAAUCUGGUAAUGAAUUGUGUGGCUGUUGAACAAGUUGAGGAGACUAAAUUACUUGGCAUUACCUUAGAUUGUAAACUGUCAUGGUCAAAACACAUAGAUUCAAUGGUUGUAAACAUGGGGAGAGGUCUAGCCGCAAUAAAGAGAUGCUCUGCUUUUUUGACACCACACUCCAAAAAGCAAGUUCUGCAGGCUCUA